AUUUCUGUCAAAUAUAUCGUAAAAUGAAGAUAAAUAAUAGAAGGUUUCGUCAAAUUCAAAUGUUGCAAGUUACCCCAUAGUGGUUAUCGAAUAUAAAAAUGAUUUUUUGCAUUACUUAGUUGAUAAAUUUAUCAAACUUUUAUCGUUUAGCUAAGCUUACUAUUAGGUACCCUAACUGCAAGCAAGGUCAUCAGACUUAUCGCACUUACCAUAAAGGAGAGGUCAAGCACGAUUUUCAUACUUGUUUUUAUGGCAUAAAAUGAGCAAUCCGUUUUAACAGUGUAGCUAAACCAUAAACAAAGAAACAAAGCUAAUUUUUAUAUAUACUAAAUCGAUCUUUGAUAUACAUAAUCUCUAUAACCGAAAUAGAAGGGCAUACUGGUUUUCAUUAUUAUUAGAAAAUGCUUCACAUUUAGUGUAUGUCAUCGUGUUGCAAGUUACACCGCUGUUGCAAGUAACCCCGUUUGACGGUACAAAUCAAAAGACGCUCGUUUUAACCAUCGUUCAAUGCAAGGAGACAAUCAUAAUACAAAUGAACAGCUGAGAUAUUAACGAAAGAGAGGGAAACCAAAGAGAGCCUCUCUUCUGCAGAUAGGACCUUUAGACAUGUUUGGCCUGAAAUGUCCAAAGUAGCCCCCACCCGGUUCUAUAUGAGAUGUGUCCAAUUGGUAUAUGAACAACUUUUUUGUUUAUUGAUGGAUUUAGCUCAAAUUUUGCAUACAUCCUACAUACAUACUCACAAUUAUUGUGUAUAAAAAUUGCGGAAAUUCAUUCACUAGUCUGGGAGUUAUAAUGUCAUAAAGUUGAAAAACCAUGAAAAAGUGUAUAAAGAAGCCCCGCACGACGGUAUCUGUAGUGUUUCUUGUCCUGAUAUCGAGCCUGUGCGCGAGGCUGUGUUCGUGAUAGCUCGCUUUUUUCGGUGUAGUUGUAACCUGAGUGUAUCAGGUAAAAAUAUCACACAAACAAACGAACUAUCUUUUCUCCUUUCCACUCUUCCUAUUUUGUAUAUAACAGUGAUGCCACGUAUGCUAAUUUUUCUGUAACAAUACCGAUUUUUGCGCAGCUGAAUAUAUAGAAUAGUUAACACUUUUUUUAUUGAUACAAAAUUUAUACCGUUUUUUAUUACGGAAUCAUAUUUACUGGAAUGAUUGGUGUCAUACAGGAUUUAGGCAGAAAUUGUCAUACGGAUGAACAUGAAACAGAUUUUUACGAAGUCAAACAGAUUGAAAUCGGCAACCCUUUCCUAAACCAUCUCUAAAACUGGCAUCAAAAAGAAGAAUGUUACCCGCUUGUGUACCUGUUUUCUCUGAUAGGAAGUAAUUUCGUGUUUAGUUUUUCAUUCGUCCGGUAAAAGUUUUGUUAAUUUUAUUGUCGACGGGGACACAAGCAUAAUCGCGUACGAAAUGGCCAUGGAUCAUAUAUUGCCGUUCCGGAGUUUCAACUGGGAAAAGGAAACAUGGGACGACUACAAGAAAAAGCUGGAGCAGCAUUUUAUGGUGUAUAGUGUAGAAGAAGGCAUGAAGAAAACGAUGUUCAUCGAUGACUGUGAUUCCAAGACAUACACGCUACUCCGCGGUCUCUGCCAACCGAAAACACCCGUCCAGAAGUCGUACAAAGAAUUGUGUGAUCUGUUGACUCAGUAUUUCAGUAUUUCCAGCAAUGUGGACAACGAAGCGAACCAGUGCAGUGCAGGUAGCAGUUCGACGAGUUGCCAACAACAACAAUCUUCAUCGAUGCAGGGACGAUCGUCACAGCACGGACAAUUUCCACAAUCGACCGAUCCGCUACCAUGUAGCAGUGGCAGUGCUACGAUCCGGACAAACUUCCCAACUCCCGACGAGGAAACCGAAGCAAAGAUACAUCAAUUCUCAAGGUACAUCAAUCUUCAAGACGAUGAAACGGACACCGUAGUAAUUGUCCAAGUAUUCAAGGAUCUUGACAUCGAGCCCAAAUACUACCAUGCAGCCAUUAGUCAACUGUUUCUGGACAACAUCGAUCGGGAUUCCAGAUUGCGUGAUUUGGUUGCUCUUGUCAUAUCCGAGAUGUUCGAACAGAAGGUCAUCGCCAAGGCCGACUACUUGCAUGCCCUCGAGGAAAUGUUUUACAUGGCCGACGAUCUGAUCGGCGAUAUACCACAGCUGUACGAGAACCUUGCCUCGUUCUAUGUGACGCUCCUGAAGCAGCGAUACAUCACCUUGAGCAAUGUCCGGAAUGCGGCCCAAUGCGUCCUACAGAGAUCCGGUGCUACGCUGUUGAAAGAACUUCUUCUCCAAUACGAAGCCCUUUACGCCCUGAAACGGCUGCACAAUACUUGACUGAUGCCAACCUUGGAUACCUGUUCGAGGACUUGAGCAUGGAAGCCGUUUGUAACCAUGUUCAAUAUUUAUUGAAAGCGAAUGUCAAGUUUUUGCAGAUCUACAACUGGCUGUCCCGUUACGUUAGUCGACAACGUAAGGCCUCCAAUGAAUUUAUCCGAACCAUUACGAGGGCCGUGAUUGAACACUGUAUCGAAGACAAAGCAACACUGAACGAAAGUGAAUUCAUUAAGUGGUUCCCAAUCCU